GCAAUCACAAACCACAACUUGGGUAGCGCCUCCAUCAGAAACUAAAAUUCUUCACAAGAAGUGGAUCUGGUGCGCAUACCUUUGUGAACUGCAGAUGUAAGGAAUCCAACGCGCUGUUUACAAAAAGACUUUGCAGUGGAUUUGUAACUUCAGUUGUCGUUUACUGAGUUUUCUGCAUCUGGACUUUCUAUGGUUUUGGAGUCCGCGAUGAUGGCUACUUAUCAAAGCCCGGAGGAGGAGGCUAUGGCGCUGAUGAUCCACGACACGAAUACGACCAAAGAGAAAGAACGAACCAAAGAGGAGCCGGUGCAGGACAAGAGCGUAGAGAAGCCAGACCCGACCCAAAAGCCUCCGUACUCUUACGUGGCCCUCAUCGCAAUGGCGAUCCGCGAAAGCUCCGAGAAGCGCCUCACGCUGUCCGGUAUUUACCAAUACAUCAUCAGUAAGUUCCCCUUUUACGAAAAGAACAAGAAGGGCUGGCAGAACAGCAUCCGCCACAACCUGAGCCUCAACGAGUGCUUCAUCAAAGUUCCGCGAGAAGGUGGUGGGGAGAGAAAGGGGAACUACUGGACAUUGGACCCGGCCUGUGAGGACAUGUUCGAGAAGGGAAACUAUCGCAGAAGGCGCAGGAUGAAGCGCCCCUUCAGACCUCCACCGACGCACUUCCAGCCCGGUAAGACGCUGUUUGGAGGCGACGGCUACGGUUAUCUUUCCCCACCAAAGUACCUGCAGUCCAGUUUCAUGAACAACUCGUGGUCCCUCGGUCAGCCACCUGCCCCGAUGUCCUACGCGUCCUGUCAAAUGGCCAGCGGCAACGUGAGUCCGGUCAACGUCAAGGGACUGUCUGCGCCUUCUUCUUACAAUCCUUAUUCCCGAGUGCAGAGCAUGGCGCUGCCCAGCAUGGUGAACUCUUACAACGGCAUGAGUCACCAUCAUCACCCCGCGCACCCCCAUCACACUCAGCAGCUCAGCCCGGCCACAGCUGCGCCGCCCCCGGUCUCCUCGAGCAACGGCGCCGGGCUCCAGUUCGCCUGCUCCCGUCAGCCCUCGGAGCUCUCCAUGAUGCACUGCUCGUACUGGGAACACGAGACCAAACACUCGGCCUUACACACGAGGAUUGAUAUAUAGCCUGAGCGCUCUUGAAUGAGAGUAAUUCCUAUAAUUUCAAAACAGCCAUCGGACUAUUUGAAGAGACUUUCUGACGAGUUGUUUGUGUCUGACACACGAUGCAGCUGGGAAUUUUAUUCACAUCAAGUCAAAGUAAAAAAAAAUAUAUAAUAAAAUAAAUACAAAAAGCUACAAAUCUCACGCGGACGCACUCCAUUCAGAGGCUUUUUAAGCCCCUGUGAUUGAUAUGAAUUUGUGUCAUUGUACAGUAUAAACAGGGAUUUACUUUGACGGUGUGUUACUCAUGUGCGUAAUGGUUUUCUCAGAUUUACGCACGGCAUUUACGUCCAUUUGCCAAAAGUUACUAGAAUCCCCAGUGCCUUAAUUAUGUCAAUGACUUAUGAUAUGACUGAACCAAAGUUUAUUUAACCCGCCACUAACCUCAUUUUUGACGGACUUGUAACAACAGGGAACAAUUACACGUUGACUCAUUGACAGGGUUUUUGGGCUCCACAAGCUUUUUUUGUAUGUCCAGAGCGAUGCAGACGGCGCCAGGUUUUGUGUAUGUUUUGA